CGAAGUUGGGCAAACUACUGCCGACUACCGAUACCGAGGGAUUAUCGGUUUACCGGAUACCGAAUCCACGGUUGCCAGUUAGUGCGCCGGUUACCCGUCUCCGUGUUGUUGCCUGCAGGUUGGAGAGAGAUUCUUCGGCGCCAACUCCUUUUCUCAGGAUUCGGAUUUGGAGAUCUAGAAUCGAGGAAAGCCUCCGCGCGAGGGUGCAGUAGAUUACGCCGGAGAUUCAAAUGGAUCGGGAGUAAUCCUGGACUGCAGGGCGACAUGCAAGCUACGAGAGGAGUCUAUGUUAGGAGAUGUUGGGAAUCGCCCUUUGGGUUCUCCACAACGGCGGCGACGAUGGCGGUAGCAGAGGAGUGGAGAAAGGCGACGAUGACGACGAACCCAGUACUUUCUCCUACCUGUAGCGAUGACGAAUCCAGAUCUGGCGACGAAUCGCCGGCGGUACAUCAAUCUGAACAUGACAAAUCAACGGCGGCAGUCCAUAUCAGUAAAUCCUGUAAGAAUGGGAGGGGAUUCCAUUCAGAUGCUGGGGAUUUCAUUCAAGGUUGCAUCUGUACAACAAUGAUUGAUUUGGGGAUGAAGUUUUGAUUGAGAGAGUCAGAGAAGAGGGAUUUUUUCUUGGGAGAGACAGAGAGAGUAGAGAGAGGAGGGAAUAGCUUCUUGGCAGAGAUGGAGGAGAGAGUCGGAGAGAGGAGGGAAUAGGUGGGUCUCGGAGAAAGAGAGGAGAAAUAGGGGUGGGGGCAAUUAUUCGGUAUAAUCGGCAUAUACCGAUUACCGCCGGUUAAUUGCCGAGUAUGGGUCGGUAUACCGCUGACAAAAUUUCACCUACCGUAUACCGAUACCGUCGGUUAACGGUUUAACCGGUAACCGCCGGUUACCGGUACGGUUACCGGUUAAACCGUUAACCGUCUAACCGGUUACCACCCCUAUCCCUCGCAAUCGAUUCUCUGGCGAGGAAAUUGGGGGUGAAAUUGCUGUGGGGGAUUGUCAAUUUUGUCCUAGGCAAGGUUGUCAAACCAGUUUAUGCCAGUGUGCCGGUUUAGCAAGUGGAAUGGUUCGACCAGUGGCAUAUACCGGUUUGUGCCGGUUCAUGCCGGUGAAUAUUACAAAUAAAAUUAUAAAUACUCAUAUUUAAA